UCCUGGCAGGGGCUUGGCAGCGGGAUGCAGGGGUCAGAUGACCCUCCGGGAUGGGGACAGACACACCAGGCUGCUAUUCCAGGGCUCCAAUCAUGACCACCUAUUUAUAGAGCCGGGGUGCUUGGCCCGCCCCGCGCAGGCAGCGGAGAGGCAGCCGUGCUGCAAAGUCAGGCGGAGUCGGCGUCAUCGUCCCUGCUGCCGGCAGCCGCACCUGUCCCAGCCGCCACCGCAGAGAGAGGGGCCUCGGCCCCACAGAGACACCGGGGCCCCAGGGGAACCGCACCAGGCAAGGACUAGGCCGGCCAGAUGGGCAGCGCCAUGGAGCCCCCCGGGGGGGGGUAUCUGCACCUAGGUGCUGUGACAUCCCCUGUGGGCACGGCCCGAGUCCUGCAGCUGGCCUUUGGCUGCACAACCUUCAGCCUCGUGGCCCACCGGGGAGGCUUCGCGGGCGUCCAGGGCACCUUCUGCAUGGCUGCCUGGGGCUUCUGCUUCGCCCUCUCCGGCCUUGUGGUGGCCUGCGAGUUCACCCGGCUGCACAGCUGCCUGCACCUGUCCUGGGGCAACUUUACGGCGGCCUUCGCCAUGCUAGCCACGCUGCUGUCCGCCACGGCCGCCGUCCUCUACCCCCUGUACUUCGCCCGGCUGCAGUGCCCCCCCGAGCCCGCAGGCUGCACGACCAGGGACUUCCGCCUGGCAGCCAGCGUCUUUGCGGGGCUCCUCUUCCUGGCCUAUGCCGUGGAGGUAGCCCUGACCCGGGCCCGGCCGGGCCAGGUGGCCAGCUACAUGGCCACGGUCUCGGGGCUCCUCAAGAUCGUCCAGGCCUUCGUGGCCUGCAUCAUCUUUGGGGCCCUGAUCUACGACAGCCGCUACGGGCGCUACGUGGCCACCCAGUGGUGUGUGGCCGUCUACAGCCUGUGCUUCCUGGCCACGGUGGCUGUGGUGGCCCUGAGCGUGACGGGCCACACAGGGGGUCUGGGAUGCCCCUUCGACCGUCUGGUGGUGGUGUACACCUUUCUAGCCGUGCUCCUCUACCUCAGCGCAGCUGUGAUCUGGCCUGUCUUCUGUUUCGACCCCAAGUACGGGGAGCCCGGGCGGCCCCCCGACUGCCCCCGAGGCAGCUGCUUCUGGGACAGCCAGCUGGUGGUGGCCACCUUCACCUACGUCAACUUGCUCCUGUAUAUCGCCGACCUCGCCUACUCCCAGAGGAUCCGCUUCGUGCCCAGCCUGUAGCUGCCUGCCCACCCGUGCUCUCCAGGGGCUCCAGGCACCAUGAGGGGGACCCAGGUGAACCAAGACCCCCAGGAAGCAAGCCAGAGGGAGGCAACCGGCAGAACCGCUCCCAGAUUUCUGGCCAGGCUUGGGGAGGGGGGAGGGGAGGCAGAGGGACAGAAGGCCCUGAGGAGGCCACAGGAAAGUGUCCUCCCCCCGGCAGCUCCUAGCCCUUGUCCCUGUCUGUCUCUCUCUGUGUAUCUCUCUUAUCUCUGUCUGUAUCUCUCUCUCUCUGUCUCCCUCCAUUUGCUGGCCCUCCCUGGUCCAGUGCCACCCACCGUUAACAAGAGAAGCCUUUGAACUGGG